UGGAGGGACAGAAGGAUGGAGUAACAGAGGGACGAAGUGAUGGAGUGACAGAGGGAUGGAAGGGAUUGAGGGACGGAAGAAAGGAGCCGGCGGGGAGGGGGCUCGGGGGCAGCGUGCCAAUGGCUGCGCUGCCCCCUCCUCUGUUCCCCCCCCCGCCACCUUCCCCUCCCCUCCUUCCCCUCCUCCCCGGCGCUCACUCCGCGCCCAGCGCCCCGCCGUGCGGCUCGGGAGGCGGCCCGGCCCCGCGCAGCCUCCGCCGGCUCCGCGCUGGGAGCCAGCAGGUCUCCGGGAAGCGCGGAGGGUGGGGGGGAUGCCGGAAUGCCCGGAGCGCGGGGGCAAGGCGGCCCCCAUCCAUCAUAAAAUCUCCUUCUCCAUCUUAGACAUCCUGGAUCCUCAGAAAUUCAGCAGGAGACGCGAACCGGCCGCGGGGAGCUGGGGCAGCGCCCCCCGCUCGGGCGAACGGGAGGAAAGUUUGGGAAGAGUUCAAGUAGGAAAAGACGCUGCUGCUCUCGGCAGCGGGAAGAAUAAACUCGAGGCACAUGAUGCGCACCCCGCGUUGGAGAGCGGCACCGAGCGCGACGAGGAGAGUCCGGCCGGGGACGGCAGCGGGGCCGGGGCUCGCCCGGGCGCGGCGGAGGACCCGGGCUCUCCGCGGGGCGGCAGGCGGCGUCGGGCCGAGCCGGGGUGCGGUAAGCCGCGGCGGGCGCGGACGGCCUUCACCUACGAGCAGCUGGUGGCCCUGGAGAACAAGUUCCGUGCGACGCGGUACCUGUCGGUGUGCGAGCGCCUCAGCCUGGCGCUGUCCCUCAGCCUCACCGAGACGCAGGUGAAGAUCUGGUUCCAGAACCGGCGGACCAAGUGGAAGAAGCAGCACCCAGGAGCCGACGGGGCGGCCCCAUCCUCAUCCCCGACGGCGGUGGCGGUGACGGGCGGCGGCAGCCCCAGCCCACCGGGUCCCGGCCCUUUGCCCUUCCAGACUUUUCCUUCCUACGCCGCUGCCAACGUCCUGGUGCCGCCGGCAGCCCCCUUCGCGCUGGGCGCCGGGGCCUUCACGCCUUUCCUCGGCCCCGCUUUCCUCGGCCCCUUCUACGCCCCGCACCUCUGAGGCGGUGGCGGGACAGCCCGGGGCCGGGUGCGGGUCUCAGCGCCCUCCCUUCUGGUGGUUGCAUGGCGAUUUCAAGUGUAAGAAAGUUCAUUUCUAAGCGUCACAGCAGCAUGUUUAAGGCACAUUGACAAAGAGAAAAAGCCGCUGGAUUUUAUUAGCACAUUUGAGAUGUAAUUAUAGGUGUUGGAGAUGGGAACAGUGACUCUCUUUACACAUGCCCUGCACUAAUUCCCUCCAGCUUCUUCUCUGAGUUGGUUUUUAAAGCACUCCUCGCUGAUGUUUGGCUUGUUAGCACAUGUCUCAAUUCUCAAGGGCUUGGGAGCACUCCAUACCACUGCUGUUACCCUGCUGCUGCUGAUGGUGAUGGUGAACAUGGACGUUUCAAAUCCCAGGGAUGCUCGCCAGUGAAGAUGUCUCCUGGCUCUGAGUUUGCUCCGAAUUCACUCCUUCGACUCAGUCAUGCCCUGUUUGACCCAUGUUUUAUUCUCCUAUCUGACUUGUGACCUGAAAACUACAU